CCUGCUUUUCAUUUAGAACUUGAACGCAGCUUGACUGUCGUUGCACAGGAAAGCUGAACAUGGCGUCCGGGCAGCAGUGGGUGUUGGUGGAAAUGGUGCAGGCGUUUUAUGAGGCUCCUGCCUAUCACCUGAUCCUGGAGGGGAUUCUCAUACUGUGGAUCAUCAGGCUUCUGUUCUCCAAGACGUACAAACUUCAUGAGACGUAUAAACUCACAGAGAAGGAAAAGGAGGAUCUGAUUGAGGAGUGGCAGCCAGAGCCUCUCGUUCCCCCUCUGUCCAAGGAGCAGCCGUCCCUAAACUAUGAUGUUGUCACCGGACCUCCCAGCCACAAAAUCAUAAUCAAUGGAAAAGAGUGUGUUAACUUUGCAUCAUUUAACUUCUUGGGUCUCCUUGACAAUGAGCGGGUUAAGCAAAAGGCCUUGGCCUCACUCAAGAAAUAUGGUGUGGGCACAUGUGGUCCAAGAGGCUUCUAUGGAACCUUUGAUGUUCACCUGGAGUUGGAGAGCCAUCUGGCCAGAUUCAUGAAGACAGAAGAGGCCAUUAUCUAUUCGUAUGGCUUUGCAACCAUUGCUAGUGCAAUCCCUGCCUACUCCAAGAGGGGUGACAUCAUCUUUGUGGAUGAGGCCGCCUGCUUCUCCAUCCAGAAGGGUCUUCAAGCGUCCCGCAGCUUUAUCAAAUACUUCAAACACAACGACAUAAAGGAUCUGGAGAGGCUGCUGAAGGAGCAGGAGCUGGAGGACCAAAAGAAUCCUCGUAAAGCUAGAGUGACCCGGAAGUUCAUUGUUGUGGAGGGGCUGUACAUCAACACCGCGGACAUCUGUCCUCUACCCAAACUGGUGGAGCUGAAAUACAAGUACAAGGUGCGGAUCUUUCUGGAAGAGAGCCUGUCUUUUGGUGUAUUGGGAGAACAUGGCAGAGGAGUAACAGAACAUUUUGGGGUCAAUAUCGAUGACAUCGACUUGAUCAGCGCUAACAUGGAGAAUGCUGUGGCCUCCAUUGGAGGCUUCUGCUGCGGACGCUCCUUUGUCAUUGACCACCAGCGUCUUUCAGGUCAGGGCUACUGUUUCUCUGCGUCCCUGCCUCCCAUGUUGGCUGCUGCUGCCAUCGAGGCCCUCAACAUCAUGGAGGAGGAUCCAGAUAUUUUUGCUGUCCUGAGGGAAAAGUGCAAACAGGUGUACAAGGCUUUACAGGGAACUCAAAGGUUGAAGUUAGUGGGAGUGCCAUUUUCCCCGGCUCUUCACUUACAGCUCGAGAGAAGUUCUGGCUCCAGAGACGCUGACAUGCUGCUGCUCCGCUCCAUUGUAGAUUACUGUUUGGAAAGAGGUUUGGCUCUGACCCUUGCACGCUACUUGGAAAAAGAGGAGCGCUUCCUCCCCCCACCAAGCAUCAGAGUGGUGAUCACCAUCGAACAGACAGAGGACGACAUCCAGAAAGCUGUGUCCUGUAUCCGAGAGGCAGCAGGAACCAUCCUGAAAUGACAAUGUAAUGAUUUUGAGUGCUAAGAGACGCCAGAGAUUUACCAGGACCUCACUGGACUGGUAUGACUUCACUCUGAGGAGGACACUCCUGACCAAAUGGUCUCACACGACUUUGUUUGUCUCUUUGAUUCAUUGCCUUUGUUCACAUUUCAACUACAUGUACCACGUUUGUAUGUUGUUCUGAAUGUAAGCAUGGGUCUUCUGGCAGCAGUUGUUUCUCUGCUAUCACUAAACGUGAUCUUCACUGACCAAAUGAGUUGUUGCUUUUUAUGUACUGACCAAGGGGGAAGCAUUGCACUCAUUAUUAAGGUCAAAUUCUGCAGUCUGAUAGGACAUGAACUGUACACAAUGGUUGAUUUAUUGUGCCACCAGUUGUUUAAUAGACAUUGCUUUUUACUACUGGAGUUUAUUUUGUCCUCUGUUAUUUAGUUUGUAUUAUUUUCUUGAUGGGAAUUUCAUUUCCAACACAACUAUAAUUAAAUGUAAAUUUAUGCCAUAAA